GCGGCGGCAGCGGCCGGCGGCCACGUUGACAGGGCGGGAGCGGGGCAGCGCCGUUGCGCGGCGUCGGGGUGCGGGUGUCCGGGUGUCCGGUGCGGGGCCGCUGCCACAGUAAAAAUGUCUUCGCCUCCCAAAGAGAAAGCAGAGACGCGGGCCGGACACCCUCCUGCUGUGAAAGCUGGUGGGAUGCGGAUUGUGCAGAAACACCCACACAAUUCUGAUGCAAAAGAGGAGAAAGAUAAGGAUGACCAAGACUGGGAAACCAGCAGCCCACCUAAACCAGCGGUGUUCAUCUCUGGUGUCAUUGCUAGGGGCGAUAAGGACUUCCCUCCAGCUGCGGCUCAGGUGGCUCAUCAGAAACCACAUCCCUCUGUGGAAAAGCUUCCUCACCCACAACAUGUCAAACAGCACAUCCACCAGCCUCGCAAGUGAGCUCUCCAUCAAAAUCUCAGCCAAACUGCCGCCAGUGAAUAAGUUUUCAAGAGAAGAUGAAAACCCUUUAGGAUUCACACUGUCAACUCAGUAAAAUUGACCUCUAGAAUAAUAUGCUGUUUCUUUUACUUUAAAUCUCAAGGAUUAAUAAGAAUGAAGACAUUGUUCAGUUGCUGUCCCAGAUGGAGAAUUCCCUGUUAAGUAUUUGGUGAUCAGGGGUGUUUUUUUUAAAAGAUUUUUUUACUGCCAAGACAAAACUUUAGUAUGAAUAAUAUGAUUAAUGAGCUUAAAACUUGUACUUUUAGUUGUGGCAUCGCAAUAGCAGAUAGUUAAUGUAGUUUUUAUGCUAAGCCGGUAAGGAAGAACAGCUCUUUUGUACUGGUACCUUUACUAUCUGGAGGGAUCUGGUUGUCUGUGUUGAGACAGAAAUCAGCGGUUGUCUUGAUUACCGAGAACCUUUGCAGUCUUCAGUAUCCUACAGAGUUACAGCCCAAUAGCUGUGCCCUCUGAUUUCAACUAGUGAGAUGAUAAAAGGUCCCGAAAACAUUCUCAUGUGGGCAGAAAUCUAGCUGAUUCUUUACACCCAUUUGCACUUGCACAGUCUUGCUGAGGUUCUUCCAUUUGGAGGUCUGUGAGUAUGGAGAGGUAGAGAAAUCAGAGUUACAAGAACACUGUGCUGCUGUAGGCAACUGAUGUGUGAUCUCAUGGGUCUCACUGGGGACUGUAUUUUUAUGAGGUGAUGAUUUCUCUAUUCCAAUAGCAAGCUGAAGGAGCUCAGGACCCUCCAGAAUUGAACUUAAAAUAAACUGGUGAAAAAUCUGUUCUCUUUUUUAACUUACAGCUUGAGAUCACUCUUUGAGAUACCAUUAGUAAAUGUGUUUAACUUUAUGACCCAACCCCUGUCACGCAUCAUAUUGUUGUCUAGUCUUCUUAUUGUGAAUUAGGACAGUAGUGAUAUGAGGGAAUAAAAAAAGUUACUUUCCAAAUAGAGCGAUUGAAUUAGUUUGGGCCACAUAAUUAAAUCUUUUGAUUGCACAAUUCAAAAUCACUUAGCUCUGUCAUUUGCCUUCUGCAACUUAUCUCUGUAAAACCCUGGAAAAUAAUUUUUUAAACAUUCCUCCUACAUUCUUGAAGUGUAGUUCUGUUUUUUACUGACUAUAAAUACAGUACAGCCUUUAUUACCCUCUAGGUUUAUAAAACUUCUGAUAAUGGCAAAAACUUGGAUACUGGAGCUGGUGCUGCAAACAUUCACCUGGCAAAUCAGUGAAAGUUUGGGGUCACUUGGAGCUUUACUAGUUCAUUUAUGUUUAAAAUCAAAUAGUAUAGAAAACCAGUGAGGAGAGUUUUAAAAAUAAUAUUUUUUUAAAUUUCUACAGAUUAAAUAAUUAUUCCCUGAGUAGCAGAUUUAAAACAUCAACAACAAAAUCAUGUGAAAUAAUGGCCCGUUUCACAAGUGGAAUAACUCACUUAAUGUGGGUGAGAGGGACCUGGCAUUUCCAUCUCUUCAGAGACUUGAAGUGGAAAUGAUGUUUUGCAAAGGAUAUGCAUGGAUAUAUUUAUUCUACACCCAAGAAGGAUGUACAAUCUGUAUAUGCAGCCCUUAUAACCAUACUUGCCUUAAGGAACGAGUGUUGUUUGUAAGAAUUAUUCUGUUUUAGAAUAUGCAUAAUUUUUAAAAUACUUCCUGUUUCUGAUGUCGGUACGUCUGAGGCCUUGUUUGUAACCACUCAUGAGAGUACAAGUGAUUCGCACAUAAGUAACUCAUAGGGUGGCAUUGUUGAGCCUUGUGGAGUAUCUGCACGAGGUGAUUUUCUGGCAGGAACACUUGCAGAAUCAGGACAGAACGGGGUGGCAUUUCGUCGAUGGUGCAGCCAGUAGCUGUCAGCAUGCUGCGUCGGCAAUGAACCAGACCAUCACAGUUGCUUGGUACUGGCAGCUGCUGGCUUGUCGGUGAGCCCACAUCUGAAGUAGUGUCUAGACUCCAGCUAUAGUCAAUGGUGAUGUAGUCAAGACGGUUGGUAGAGUUUAGGUAUGGUGUCCUUGACCAAAUGGAAGUGUCUUUCAAGAUGAGCUGGAUCACUCUCAACUCCAUUGACUGCAGUGGGAAACGAAACGUACCUCAGUGUAGAUGCGGGCAAUUAGGUGGGGCUGGGUACCUCUGCUCUGUGUCUAGCAAUAGCUGGUAGGAACAUGUAUUUCUGUCUUCUGAAAGCAGCACCACAUUUCAAUUCUAAUACUAAAAGUAGGUUUUCUUCAAAAGCAUGGAUGCUUUUGAAUUACAAACUACUGCUCCUGGUUGUUAAUGCAAUAUAUACAGCAUAUAUAGACGAUACCUGUAUUUUGUCUUUGAUUACUUAGAUGGAUAUGUAAGUUUGCACAAUGGAGUAUGACUAUCAAGAUAUCUUUAGUGGCUUUUAGAAUGCAAGAAUUCCUAUAUGGUUAGAAAAUGUUUCUGUAUGAAAGCAUAUAUUGUUGGGAGGUAUCCAUGUUUAUACAUAGGUGUCCUUACCAAAGCAUUACAUUGCCCAAAAUAAUGAAUCAUAAUUGGUGAUCUGGAUUGCCUACUGGUGGUUGUCGAUACUUGGAAAAUAUGUUACAAUAACAUAGAAGCACAGGAGAUAUUCCAGUGUUACCUUGAAAUGAUUGCAAAAGAAAUGUUCUGUAAUUGUCAAUGUGGCAAUAAUGCAACAAUAAAGCAUGAAGUUGUA